GUAAACACAAAUGACUGGAGGCGCUUCCUUGUUGCUGACAAAAGUGGAUGAUUCUUCCCCAGAUUUAUAUUAUGUUAUUUCACUAAAUAUCAAAGGAAAAAAUGCCUCGUAGAAACGAGAUUCCUGAAGGCAUCCGGUCGAAAGUUGUAGAUCUGCACAACGCCGGGAUGGGAUACAAACUGAUUUCAAAGAGUCUGGAGCUGCAUCACUCCACAGUUAGGAAGAUUAUCCAUAAAUGGAUACGAUUUAACACCGUGGCGACCCUGCCGCGGAGUGGGAGACCCACGAAGAAGCUUCCGAGCAGGACACGGACAGCUCAGCCGGAGGAGGCUGAUCAUGCUGGGCCUGCCGGUGAUAAAGGAGGGAAUAAGGCAGAAGUAAAACAUGUUGAUCUGCAUUCAGCUGGACCAGCACAUCUUAUUAAAGACCCAGAUAAGAAAAUGCGAGAGAUGAACAGUGAGUGUGAAGAUGCUGACAGUGCGGACUAUUCAUCUGAUUCUGACGAAGAAGACCCCAUGCUCAGGAUCCUGUUUCCCACAGUAUCAAACGACAGAGAAGAUCCAGACCACAAAACGCGUAAAAAUUCAGCUUCAUGUGACGACACACCAGAAGACGAUCCCAUGGAACAGAUUUUUGACCCAAACUUUGACGAUGAGAAGAAGAUUUACGCCGGUUCUUCGGUCAGUGUGAGAGCGCUCCUCCUCCUCCUCCUGGCCUUCAUCCUGAAGCACGACUUGUCAAAAGCAGCCACCAAAGACCUCCUGGCCCUCCUCAACCUCAUGGUGCCUGGAUGCAUUCCCAGCUCUCUGCAGUUCAUAAAGAAACAUUUGACUGACAUUGACAAGAAGACAGAGAUCCACUUGUACUGUCCCAGGUGUGAAAACUACCUCGGUGUAGAGCCUGGGACCGAGUGCGGAGUGUGUCAGCAGCGCUUGAGCAAAAAAAGUCUGCUUGAAAAGGCAAACUACUUCCUGGUGUUGCCUCUAGAAAACCAACUGAGGAAGGUCCUCAAACGCCUUCACUCAAAGCUGGGCAAGCAUUUUACAAAGGACGAUUACGUUUCUGACGUCAACACCGGUGGUGAAUAUAAGCACGAAGAGCAGGAGGGCAGUAUUACACUUACCUUCACAUGUGACAGCUCUCCUCUUCUCAACUCAUCCAAGUUUUCAGUCUGGCCCAUCCUGUGCACGAUCAACGAACUUCCGUAUGUGGAGCGGUGUAAAAAUGUUCUGCUGCACACGUUGUGGUUCGGCAAAGGAAAGCCCCUGCUUCAGUGUUUCUUUACGCCGUUCAUUAACGAGCUUCAUAAACUCUCUCACGAGGGCUUCACUUGGGAAGACGAGAGCGGAUUAGAGCUUAACACCAGAGUGAUGGCGAAAAUCUGCGUCUGCGAUUCAGUGGUGAGGUCAGCGGUGCAGAACUUUCAGCCGUUCAGUUCGGAGUUUGGCUGCGGGUUCUGCUACCACAAAGGAGAGCUGGUUCAGAAGGGUCGGGGUUACACCAGAGUCUAUCCGGUUCAGGUUGACGGAUGUGACCUGCGGCACAUGGCUGAGACGGAGCAACUGGCCACAGUAGUGAUUGAGAAUGGGUAUCCACAAGGUCAAAUGGGUGUCAAAGGUCACAGUCCGCUGCUUCUGCUGCCUUCGUUUGAUGUCGUCAAAGGUUUUAUCCCAGAUUACAUGCACUGUGUUUGUCUUGGGGUUGUUCCUGAGUUUGUCAAUCUUUGGUUGGAUCCUCUUUAUGGCAGAAAGCGCUUCCACCUUUCACCUCAGAGUUUGAAGAACCUGGACAAAGCUUUGUCUGCCAUCCAACCUCCAGAUGAGAUCAGACAAAGACCUCGGCGUCUCAGUGAGAGGAUGCAUUGGGAGGCAUCCGAGUGGCGAGCGUUUGCUCUUCUCUACUCUCCUGUAAUACUGAGGAAGGUUUUACCAAACCUGUACUACAAACACUGGAUGCUUCUCAUUUCAUCACUUCACAUCCUCCUCUCCCCGUUUGCCUCCCAGGAGGAGAUCAGCUGUGCAGAGCUGUGCCUGGUUCAGUUUGUCUCCCAGGUACCGUCUCUGUACGGACUUGAGCAUUGCUCAUUUAACUGCCACUUGCUGAUGCAUCUCACUGACUGUGCCCGUAACUGGGGAUUACUGUGGGCCAACUCCACCUUCGUCUUUCAGGGUGUCCACAGCCGACUCCUGCAGAUGUACUCCAGGGCUCAGUCUGCGCCAUCCAACAUCUUCAAGCAGAUAGUUUCCUAUGAUGAGAUUAUCUUGAAAGGAAGCAAUGUGCUGAAAGAUACUGGUACAGAAAUCACAGACCUGUUUUCCUCCAUGACAAGCUGUGGUAUCCUUACCAAAUCAUCCAACUGCAUCAGUGAAGAUGUGUUUACUUUGGGAUGCGGAUCUCAGAGAUCUCUAACUGUGAGAGAACUUGCUGCAUUGCAGAGCAAAGAUACACGGCCCGUUACUGAAUACGCACAUUUUGUCUACAGAGACAUGCUGGUCACCACUUUGGACUACAGCGUCUCUUGCAAAAGGAACAACUCAGUCAUAGAAACGACCAGCGGCUUUGUUCUUGUAGAGUCCGUGGUGGUCGUCGAGGGGCAUUGCAGCUGUGAGAGAUCGUCCGACUGCUCCUGCAGAGAACUGGUUGCUUUCUGCAGAAAACUGCUUCCCUCAAACUCCCAACCAACAAUCCUGAACAAACAGAUCAACAGAAACAUUGCAGAGUUCCUCGUAAGAGUGAGGAUCUCGGAUGAAUUCUGCACAAUGACAUGUCGGGACAUUGUUGCAAAAUGUUUUGUGAUGGAGCAGAUGGGUCGACUAUAUGUCAUCAGAAUGCCAGUACUUGAGACACGAUAAGUCACAUGUUGAAAUAUCAUUAAGCACAUUUUGUAAUAUGUGUUUGUGGGUUUUUGCAUGACAUAAACGUGCUGGUGUUGUGUCUUAAAUGGAGCAGUAGGUACAGUACAUAUUGAAGCACACGUAUUUUACACCAGGAUCUUAAUGUUGAUCCUGCAGUGAUCUUUACGUAGGUCUAUAACAAUUUUUUUAUCAUAUCCAAAAUAUGAUAAAAAAAAAAUACAAACAAUUUAUUCUGGUUUGACUAUGUUCUCAUUUCUGUUGUUUACAAUCAGAAGACAUUCCUGUACCAUAUGAAUGUUUUUGCUUUUUGUGCCUGGAGUUUUGUAUUUGACAUUCACAUUUUUGUUAUGUACAUAAAAAACUUAAUGUCAUUGUACUAUUUAGGUGUUGAAAGACAUUUUCAUAUAUUCGCAGUACUUUGAAUAUUUAUGACAAACAUGUACACAUGGACUAAAAUAUCUGCAUACAUGCAUAUGAGCCUGCUAUCAUUGCGUUUUGGGGGUCUAGUUGUUUCCAAGUUGUAAUCAGCCAGCUGUUGAUUCAAGGUAAAAUUAAAUAAUUUGGACAUA